AAAAAAAGAAUUAUAAAUUAUAUUAAAAAUUAUUUAAAAUUGCUUCAAACUGAUGCACUAUUGUAAUUAUAUUAUAUUAUUUUAUACAUCUAGAAGCGAUAGUUUGGCGUCGCUACUGUUAUUGAUACAAGGUAUUUUAAACAUAGUGAAUGUUUGAAUUAUAUUAUAGGUUAUAAAAUAUAUAAAAUGUUUAAUUAAUAUUUAUUUAAAAGUAAUUUAUAAUUUAUAAAAGUGAUUAUAAAUAAUAUUUUAACAGUAUUUUAAAAAUGGGUUCCGAUCAUAUGCAUAGACGAUGGAGUAAUUUACGAAAAGUAUUAGAAAGAUCGGGUCCAUUUUGUAGACCAGAUUUCGAACCAUCAACAGAAACUUUACAAUUUUUAUUAGAUAAUUGUAAAAUUCUCGUUGUUGGAGCUGGUGGUUUAGGAUGUGAAUUACUUAAAAAUUUAGCAUUAAUGGGAUUUAGACAAAUUCAUGUAAUUGAUAUGGACACCAUUGAAUUAUCUAAUCUUAAUCGGCAAUUUCUUUUCCACCACAAAGAUAUUGGUUCAUCAAAGGCAGAAGUAGCUGCAAAAUUUGUUAAUAAUAGAAUUCCAGGCUGUAAUGUCAUAUCUCAUUGUUGCAAGAUACAAGAUAAGGAUGAAGAAUUUUAUAGACAGUUUCACAUAGUAAUUUGUGGUUUAGAUUCAAUAGUUGCAAGAAGAUGGAUUAAUGGCAUGUUGUUAUCAUUGUUAAUUUAUGAAAAUGGAGAAUUAGAUCGAUCAAGCGUAAUACCAAUGAUUGAUGGAGGUACAGAAGGUUUUAAAGGAAAUGCAAGAGUAAUAUUACCUGGUUUGACUGCUUGUAUUGAAUGUACUUUAGAUUUAUAUCCUCCUCAGGUCACAUAUCCAUUAUGUACAAUAGCAAAUACUCCUCGUCUACCAGAACAUUGUAUAGAAUAUGUAAAAGUAAUUCAAUGGCCAAAAGAAAAUCCAUUUGAUUGUGCAAUAGAUGGUGAUGAUCCUCAACAUAUAAACUGGAUUUAUGAAAAAUCUAAUGAAAGAGCAGCACAAUUUGGAAUACAAGGCUUAACAUAUAGAUUAGUGCAAGGAGUAGUAAAAAAUAUUAUACCUGCUGUAGCAUCUACUAAUGCUGUUAUUGCUGCAACAUGUGCUACAGAGGCAUUUAAACUUGCUAGCAGUUGCAGUGCUUCAUUAAAUAAUUAUAUGGUACUCAAUAAUGUAGAUGGAAUAUAUACUUACACUUAUGAAGCCGAAAAAAAAGAAGACUGUGUGGCAUGUAGCCAAGUUCCAAAAGAAAUCAAAAUUAAUAAUCCUAAAUUUAAAUUAAAAGAUUUGAUAGAACUUUUAUGUGAGAGAUCUGAUUUGCAAAUGAAAAAUCCGGGUCUGACAACAUAUAUUGAUGGAAAAAAUAAAACAUUGUACAUGCAAACUGUAGCAAGUAUCGAGGAAAGAACUCGUGAAAAUUUAACGAAAACGCUAAUAGAACUGGGGCUUAGAAAUGACAGUGAAAUAAAUGUUGCUGAUAUUACUACUCCUAAUACAAUUGUGUUAAAAUUGAAAUUUUUGUAUUGUAAUAUAGAUGUAUGAUAAUCACACAGAAAAAUCUUCAUUUUUUUUUUUUUCAUAAAUUUAUGACUAUAAAUCAUAUAUAUUUACAGUACUUAUAUUACUUUUUUUGUCAAUUUAAAAAAAUAAUGUUGAGAUAAAAAAAUUCAUUAACAUUAUUCUUCUUAAAAUAAUAAAAACAAAAAUUUUUUGAAUCUAUUAUUUUUUUACGAAUCUAUAAAUGGACACGAUAAUGUUAUUUUGAACGUUAUUUUUAAUAUAUUGAUUCUAAUUUCGUGUAAUUAAGUGGUAUUGCUAUUCUUUUAUAGUACUAAUCUUUUUUUGACUAUUCUUAUAUAUAACAGAAGCAAGUAUUAAAACUAUAUUUAUACGACAUACCUGUUAUAUUAAUAAGACACAGCUGCAAAUAUGAUUUUAUAUUUCUGAUGUUUCGCUUUUCUUCACAUCAGAGAUUAUAUAUUAUAGAAAAAUUAAUAAGAUAUAUUAUUCAUAAAAUUCUAUCUUUUUUGAUCGUUAAUUUUUAGUCAAUAAAUUUUGUAAAUUUUUUAGAAAUAGACAGUAUCUUACAGAUGCAUCAGUAUAAUUAUUUUGAAAGAGAAAAAAAGGAGCAAUAUAAUGAUUCUCGAAAUAUGCACGUGUCAAAAUACUUGUUAGCUUGUCAUUAAUAUUUUUUAAUAACAAUUUCUCUUUCAUAUCACCAUAUUAAAUUUUAAGUUAAGUAUGAAAUUUGUACACAGUCCUUUUUUUGCCUUAUAUAAACAUAUGCAUCAUAUAUUGAUAAAUUAUUUGUAAUGAAUUUUUUUCAUAUUUGUUUCAAUUAUUAAUAUAAUGUUUCAUUAAAAAUUUUAAAGAAAAUAUCUAAAUAAAUACAAUCUUUCUAUAUUUGAUAUUAUCUAUAUUUAUAAUAAAAAUAUUAAUAAAUAUUUUUUAGUACAUAUUUAUUGUAUUUUUAUUAUAUAAAUAUAAAUGAUAUCAAAUAUGAAAAGAUUAUUUACUUAGAGCAAAUGAAGGACAGUGCACAAUAACCUAAGACAUCUUUUGUUUUACAAGCACACUCGAUAACAUUCGACAUAUGCACAACUUGAGUAGAAAAAAUAUCUAGAACAAAUACAUUAUCUAUCUUCCUUAUACAAAACUAUCAUUACAUUGUAUUAAUAUUUCAUAAUUUCCGCCUUUUUACUUCGAUAAGAUCAAAAAUCUUUUGCUCUUAAAUAAUCCUCUUUUUAUUCACUUGAAUGUGAAUAACAUAAAAUGCUUCUAUGAUUAUUUGAGUAAUAUUUACUCUCAAUAUUACUUUUCUUCAGUAAAAUUGCACAGAGUCAAAAUGGAUAAGAAUAAAAAACUUUUUGACGGUUGGGAAGUUUUUGCAACGAAACACUUCGAAAUUCAUUGGCAUUUCAUUGUUUAUACGGAAUUCCAAUAUGGACAUUCUAAUUCCAAUUGUACAAUUAGAAAUCAGAUUUUUUUUAUGAUAUUGAUUAUUCAUUCACUAGACACAAGAUGCACAAAAUCACAUAGUGCAAAACUAGCAUCAGGGUCAAAGUGAAUUAUCACGUUCGGCAGUGCAUUCAGAAACUGUAGAACGUAUUAAUUAUUUUGUUAAAAUAAUUUCGUUAGCAUAAUUAAGUAGACAUUUAGCAUGAAAUAAUUUUGUAAAAACAUUUACAAAAUCAAAAUCAUAUUUUAUUGGUUUCUUUUACGAAAGAAACACACAGUAUGAAUGCACGUGCGAUUCACUUUCUGGCUCGGUCGAAUUAAGUUGCACAAGUCAUUAUAUUUCGACCAUUAUUUGCAAAAUAGAUUUCAUGUGUUUGAAAUGUAAUACAUUAGCUGCAAAAUGACUUAUGAAUAAUUAUUGUUUAGUGUAUAAUAAUACCAUGGUCCAUGAAAAAGAUACUCCAGUAUAAAAACAUAAGUGUCAAUAAGUUGUGGCAUAAUAAGUGUCGUAAAGUCCGAUUCAUUCAGGGCAGAACUCGACACUUUUUUUUUAAACUAAUAUAGAUACGGACAUU